AUGGUUGUCUGCACAUAUUUCCAGCAGGGUCGCUGCAAGUUCGGCGGUAUGUUUUCUCGGGUCCAAAUCAAGCAAGGCGCUAAUCAUGCCUCAGACCGCUGCAAAUUCGAGCAUCCAGGUCGUCAGACGACUGGUUCCUCGGGAAAUCGAUUCGGGGCUUUAUCCACACCAUUUGCAGGUAUUUAUGGCGUCAACGCAAAUGAUAUCAAACUCGACUUGACCGUAGGCAAGGGACGGCCUGAAUGGGUCCUUUCAUCUUACUCUCCGCAACGCCAUGUCCCGCGACAACUCUUCGGUGGCCAACCCCGCGAGCAGAGCAUGGAAGAGAUGCGUCUGCGUCACUACGAGCUCGCGGCGGCUGGGAACAUGAACCAAGCGAUCCAAGAGGCACAGGCCCUGUACGAAGAAGCCACCAAGCAGAUGGAUGUCGCUUUAAAUGAUCUGAACGGUGCUGUGAAGUACAUUAUCGACGGCGGGAACGAACAUCCCAAUCGCAUUGACAUCACCGAGGGCAAAAAAGGCCCGGACUCGGCUCCAGCGGCUUCAGCGCCACCAGCUUCAGCAUUCGGCCAACCUUCUUCUGCGUUUGGUCAGCCUUCUAACUUGGGAGCCACUUCGACGUGGGGAAAGCCUACACCUGCGCAGCCCUCACAGCCUGCACAGCCUUCAGCAUUCGGCCAGCCGUCCACAAUGGGUCAACAACCUGGCUUUGGCCAGCCGUCCACUUUCGGUCAGCCCAGUGGCUUGAAUCAGGGAUCUGCCUUUGGGCAGCCCUCCACCCUCGGAGGCCAAGGCGGUGCAUUCGGCCAGCCAGCGUUCGGCCAGCCUGCAUUUGGGCAGCCUUCAGCUCCGGCCCCGACUCCUUUCGGCGGCGCACCUUCCACUGCCUCACCUUUCAACCAAGUUCCUCAGAACCAGCCAGCAGCCGGUGGCUUCGGCCAACCGGCAGGCCAGCCUGCGCCAUCGCCAUUUGGACAACCUGCUGCACCAUCAGCAUUUGGCCAGCCCUCCGCGUCUGGCGGGUUCGGACAGCCCUCGCAGGCCGCUUCACCUUUCUCCCAGAUCCAGCAACCGCAACAACAACCCCCUAACCCGUUCGGCCAACCGUCCGGCACCACAGGCUUCGGCGCGCCGACCCAACAACCCGCAGCUCCAGCGCCCUUCGGCCAGCCCGCCGCUCCAAAGGGUGUGCCAGCUCCACCAGUCGAUACCGGACCCCGCGCAUAUAUCAAGAUCGACGAUCCAAACCAGCUCAACCCUCUCCCGCAACUUGAAGGCGAGACCUUGCGAGACCCAGCCACCAACCGCCUUACAAUGUGGAAGGGCCGUCCCGUGAAAUACAUCCACGAUCACCCAUGCUACCUGCAUCCGCAAGGCGACAAUCAUUGGACCCGGGUCAACUUCCCUGACGGACCGCCCGACGAAGCGAGCUUGCGUGACUCGCAGGGCCGGCCCGAGGAUUACACACCGGAAGUCGUGGCGCAGUACGAAUUCUUCCUUGCCAAUGGUUACUUCAAGGAUGGGAUUAUGCCGACUAUGCCGCCGAAGCGGGAAUGGAUCAGCUUUGGCUUCUAG